CUUAUUGUAUAAUUUAAAUUAAUAAAGUUCUUGUUGAGAUAACAAUUUAUAAUUUUUAAAUAUUUCUCUCAUUGUUUUUAAUAAUAAAAUGGAUAAGCAAAAGGCAUUUUUAAGCAUUAAUGAAAUGUUUAAUUAUCUUCAGUGUACUCCAGGAGCAAGAUGUGUUUCAGAAGGGGAGGAAGUUUUAAAUGCAGGUCAUAUAAUAUUGUGUGGAAUAAAAAGUAUAAUAGAAAGUAAGAUAUGUUUAUAUGCAUUGUGUUUACAAACUAGUGCAUUAUCUAGUCAUCCUCAUGAAAUAAAUGGUUCAAUUGAAAUGGAAAAACUAAAAAAUGAUAAUAAUUACAAAAUAAAGUUGGUUGAAUUUCUUUGCUCGUGUAAGGCUGGAGCAAGCGGCCGUUGUAAGCAUGUAUCAGCAAUACUUAUUCAAUGCACAAGGUAUUAAUUAAACACAUUACAACUAAUGAUAUUUAAUUUAGAAAUGUUGAUUAAAAUAGGUAUUAUAUUAUUUUUAUUAUAAACAUAUUUUAUUAUUAACUAGUAUGUAUCUUUGUUAUACACAUGUUAAAAUAUAGUUUAUAUUCAACUUAUUUACAAUACUCACCUAAAUAUUUACUUUAUUAGGGAAAAUAUAUCGGAAUUUGAGAAAAUAUCAUCUACAGAUAUAAAAUGUGUUUGGUCUGCUAGAAAAGAAACGUCAGUACAAAAUUACAAACCUAGGCCUUUAAUAGAUACAAAUUGCAUUAAAGCACAUGACUUAAAUAUGCCAUCAACAGUAUCUGAAAUAGAUAUUUUAAAAACUUGAACCUCUUGAACCUUGUUUUGGAAUUAAAUGAAAUGUUAUAUCUUUAUCCCGGUCAGCUCUCGACGAACAGCCAUAUACACAACAAUUAGUUCUAUUCGUGGUUUGGUCAGACAUAACUAUUAAUUAUAUUACUUAAAUUAGUAUAAGUAAUUUAAUAAGAAAAGUUUAAAUUAUUGUUUAAAUAUUAAUUAUAAUGAUUUGCUGAGUAAUCAAAACACAUUAUCACUGUCUGACUACACUACUAAAGAGUACAGAGUACUUCUUUGAGAAGUACUACUUUC